AUGGGGCUGUGGAGAUCGCUGAGCCUUCCCCUCCUUAUUGGAUUGCUGCUCACAGAUACUGUGCCCGGCGAGGAAGAAAUUCCUACAGAUGAGCAUGAAGUUGAGGAAAGUGAUGUGAUCGCAUUAACAGAUUUAAACUUUGAUAGUUUUGUUGCCGAUAAAGACACUGUGCUUUUGGAGUUUUAUGCUCCCUGGUGUGGCCACUGUAAGCAGUUUGCUCCUGAAUAUGAAAAAAUUGCAAAGACACUAAAGGACAAUGAUCCACAGAUUCCAGUUGCAAAAAUUGAUGCGACAGAAGCGUCAAAAGUUGCUGAAAAAUAUGACAUUGGUGGCUAUCCCACAAUUAAAAUCCUAAAGAAAGGCCAGCCUAUUGACUAUGAUGGUCCUCGAACAGAAAAAGCAAUUGUGGAAAGAGUAAAGGAGAUAUCCCAUCCAGACUGGACAUUGCCCCCUGAAGCAACAAUUGUCUUAACUGGAGAAAACUUUGAUGAAGUUGUGGAUGAUGCAGAUAUUAUCCUUGUUGAAUUUUAUGCACCCUGGUGUGGACAUUGUAAGAAACUUGCCCCUGAAUAUGAGAAGGCUGCACAGGAAUUAAGUAAGCGCACACCACCUAUACCUUUGGCAAAGGUUGAUGCUACAGCUGAAUCUGAACUUGCAAAGAGAUAUGAAGUAACUGGCUACCCCACACUGAAGAUUUUUCGCAAGGGCAAAGCAUUUGAUUACAAUGGGCCAAGAGAAACAUACGGUAUAAUUGAUUACAUGACUGAACAAGCUGGGCCACCAUCGAAACAGAUUCAGACGAUCAAACAAGUACAGGAGCAUUUGAAAGAUGGAGAUGACGUUGUAGUCCUUGGAAUUUUUAAUGAUGACCAAAAGAGAGAAUUCGGAAUCUAUCAGGAUUCAGCAAAUGCUCUAAGAGAAGAAUUUAAGUUAUACCAUACCUUCAACACAGACAUUGAAAACUUUCUUAAAGUUUCAGCAGGACAAAUAGUUGUCAUGCAUCCUGACCGAUUUCAAUCAAAAUAUGAGCCAAAAAUGUACAGUCUUAAAGUUAAGGAUACUAUAACAGAAGAAAAUAUUAAAGACCAUAUUCGUAAGCAUGCUUUGCCUUUGGUUGGCCACAGAACACAUGCUAACGAAGCUAAAAGAUACACAAAGCGCCCGCUUUUUGUUGUUUAUUACACAGUAGACUUCAGCUUCGACCAUCGCACUGCAACCCAGUACUGGAGAAAUAAGGUCUUGGAUGUUGCAAAAGAUUUUCCAGAGUACACCUUUGCUAUUGCUAAUGAGGAUGAUUAUGCUUCUGAAUUAAAAGACCUUGGAUUAAGUGAAAGUGGGGAAGAAGUGAAUGUAGCUGUUCUAGACACACAUGGUAAAAAAAUAUGCAAAAUACCCUGAAGAAUUGGAUUCGGAUUCCCUUAAGGACUUUGUAAUGGCUUUUAAGAAAGGCAAACUCACUCCAGUUCUAAAAUCGCAGCCCAUACCAAAGAACAAUAAAGGCCCUGUCAAAAUUGUGGUUGGAAAAACAUUUGAUGAAAUUGUCAUGGAUGCAAAAACUGAUGUUCUCAUAGAGUUUUAUGCCCCAUGGUGUGGACACUGCAAAUCAACACUGGAACCAGUUUAUAAUGACCUGGGUAAAAAAUACAGAUCGGUGCAAAAUAUUGUUAUAGCCAAGAUGGAUGCUACUGCCAAUGACAUUCCCAACGACAAAUACAAAGUUGAAGGUUUUCCUACUCUAUAUUUUGCUCCAAAGAACAAUAAACUCAAUCCAAUUAAAUUCCAAAGUGGAAGUAGAGACCUGGAAGGAUUGUCUACAUUUAUUGAGGAACAAGCUUCAAUAUCUAAACAGAAAGAAGAACUUUAA